UAAUUGGGUAAAUGAUGGGAAUUCCGCCCAACCCAAAAAUUGGUAUCAUACUAUCAUUGUUUUAGGACAUCCUACUACAACAAACUCUACCAACACAGAUUCUUUCUUUCGAAACUUAAGCUGUAAUAAUAUAUACAACAAAGCGGAAGAAAUCACGUUGUUGUCCCUUUCAGUUUUAUGUUGGAGUGGGACUGUAUAAUAAAACCAAAAUAAGGAAUAUAAAUCUAACACAUUCAAAGCUAUAAAAACCAAUGCUCAUCAAAGCUCUACUUCAUCACUGAAAAGCAAAAGAGAGGGGAUGAACUGAUAAAGGUGUCAUCUUGAAGCGCCUAGUGAAAAGAAAAAAAAAAAAGGUGUGUGUACAAACUCUUAGCUAAAAAUCAUGGCUCCAGGGAAGUAUUCCCGGGGUGAAGGGAAGAAAUCUUCUGGUUACUGUUCAACUGUCAGUAUAGUCGUUUUUGUCGCCUUUUGUUUAGUUGGAAUAUGGAUGUUUAUGUCAUCAGCUGUUCCAGUUCAGGAUCGACAAUUACAAUCUGAAUCUGAUGAGACCAGGAAUGAGGUAAAACGACAAGUCGUAAAUGAUGGUAAUUCUAAGCAAUUUGAAGAUAGUUCUGGUGACUUACAAGAGGAUGCAACUGAUAACAGUGGGGUUGAUUCUCAAACUGUUGUGGAAACCCAAGAAGAAACGAGUUCAAAGGAAGAAGCUGAGGCCAAGAAUGAAUCUCAGAAUGGUUUUGAUGAAAAGAAAACAGUUUCUGAAGAUGACAAUGCUAAUUCAGUUAAUGGAGAUUCAAACUCAGAAACUGGAGAAAAAGAGGAAGAAGUCAGUAGAGAAACUAAUGAAGGUGGGCAAGCUGAAUCUGAUGGGAGGGUGGAAAAUGAAUCAAAUGAUGAUCAAACAAAGCAGAAAGACGAAAUGGUUAGUUCGACUGAAGAGAAGGAUGAGAAAAAUCAGGAGACUGAUUCACAACGAAGUGAUGCUGCAGAACUUUUAAAGGAGCGCAAUGUUGAGAAUGGGGCGUGGUCGACUCAAGUUGUCGAAUCAGAACAAGAAAAAUUACAACAAGAUUCCACGUCUCAGAACCAAAAUGACUAUGAUUGGAAACUUUGUAAGGUCACGGCAGGGCCUGACUACAUCCCUUGUCUGGACAAUUGGCGAGUUAUCAGAAAGCUUCCGAGCACAAAGCACUAUGAACACCGAGAACGGCACUGCCCUGAUGAAUCUCCCACUUGUCUUGUUGCUCUACCUGAAGGAUAUAAACGCCCAGUCAAGUGGCCUGCAAGCAGGGACAAGAUUUGGUACCACAAUGUUCCUCACACUAAGCUUGCAGAAGUCAAGGGGCAUCAGAAUUGGGUUAAAGUAACUGGUGAAUACCUUACCUUUCCAGGGGGUGGAACCCAGUUUAAGAAUGGUGCUCUCCACUACAUUGAUUUCAUUCAGAAAUCUCUCCCUAAGAUUGCUUGGGGAAAAAGAAGCCGUGUGGUUUUGGAUGUAGGGUGUGGGGUGGCCAGCUUUGGAGGUUACCUUUUUGAAAGAGAUGUUCUGGCAAUGUCGUUUGCUCCCAAGGAUGAGCAUGAAGCACAAGUGCAGUUUGCUCUCGAACGUGGGAUCCCUGCUAUAUCAGCUGUCAUGGGUACCAAGAGACUACCCUUCCCUGGUGCUGUCUUUGAUCUUAUCCACUGUGCACGCUGUAGGGUUCCUUGGCAUGUUGAAGGCGGUAAACUUUUACUAGAACUGAAUCGUGUCUUAAGACCUGGUGGUUACUUUGUUUGGUCUGCUACUCCUGUUUAUCAGAAGCUUCCUGAAGAUGUUGGCAUUUGGAAAGCAAUGUCCAGAUUAACAAAAGCAAUGUGUUGGGAUCUGAUUGUGGUUAACAAGGACAGAUUAAAUGGAGUGGGUGCAGCCAUCUAUAGAAAACCCAUUUCUAACGAGUGCUAUUCAAAUAGAUCACGAAACGAGCCUCCACUUUGCAGUGAAUCUGAUGACCCUAAUGCAGCCUGGAAUGUGCCACUCGAGGCAUGCAUGCAUGAAGUGCCAGAGGAAGAAUCAAAGCGUGGAUCUCGGUGGCCUGCACAAUGGCCUUCAAGACUAGAAAAAGCUCCUUAUUGGUUAAAUUCUCAGGUGGGAGUUUAUGGCAAACCUGCACCAGAAGAUUUUGCUGCAGACUAUAAACACUGGAAAAAUGUAGUCUCUCAGACCUACUUGGAAGGAAUGGGAAUCAGCUGGUCCUCUGUGAGGAAUGUCAUGGACAUGAAAGCUGUAUAUGGAGGAUUUGCUGCUGCACUUAAAGACUUGAAAGUAUGGGUGAUGAAUGUGGUCCCAAUUGAUUCUCCUGACACACUGCCAAUAAUCUACGAGCGUGGUUUGAUCGGGAUAUAUCAUGAUUGGUGUGAAUCCUUCAGUACAUAUCCAAGAUCUUAUGAUAUCCUCCAUGCAGAUCAUCUCUUCUCAGUGCUUAAAGACAGGUGCAAUCUAAGACAAGUUAUGGCAGAAGCAGAUAGGAUGUUAAGGCCUGAAGGGAAGCUGAUAGUACGAGAUAAUGUUGAAACCAUAAACGAGGUUGAAAGUAUGGCCAAGUCUCUAAAAUGGGAUGUCCGCUUCAUUUUUUCAAAUGACAAGGAAGGUUUACUCUGCGUUCAGAAAUCAUUCUGGCGUCCCACUCAGACUAAGGCGAUUUCAUCAGCCAUUGUCUGAUAGUUUAUUCUGAGACCCUUCCAUUUCAAGGGUAAGCCAUGUAAAAUAGCUAUAUCUGUAAAAUAUAGCUAACGAGUUACCUAAAUUCCAUUACAAGGGUAAGGGUACUUUUGUUUGGCUAGUUAUUUCGGAGAAUCUAGGUACAGGAGAAGAGAAUUAUGAACGAAGGGGAGCUUUCUUCCUUUUUCAUACCACUCUUUGCACCUUGGUUAUAAGAUAAAAUGAUCCCACUUGUUAUACUGAGUCUUAGAAUCACAUUUUCCACCACAUGCUUCAUUUUACAAUUGAGUAGGUCUAUUGGCACAUUUAUCUUUUUCAUUUUCUCCCCCUCAAUCCUUUCUAAUAAAUUAAUUGUUUUCAAA